CGCGCCAUGACCGUUGGAGCUGGCGGGCCCGGAGCGGCCGGCCUGUUUCGCGUUGGGUUUGUGGUUCGAGGCGACGGCGUGGAGCCCGGGAUCCUCCUCGCCGUCUUGUUGUUGGCGGCGGGCGACGCCGGAGGGCUGCGGGCGGAUGGCGGCUGGAGGACAGACCCCUCCACACGGAUGAUUGACCAAGGACCCUGCAAUGUGGAAGUGAGAGACUCUUUGACCUAUUCUGAAUUUGUUCACCGGUAUGCUUAUUCUAAGCCAGUGAUUAUCCGAGGAAUCACACAGAAUGAGCAGUUCCGGGCUCUCUGUUCAAAGCAAAGUCUCCUGCGGGAGUUUGGAAAUCGACUGGUGAGAUUGAGCACAGCAAACACUUACUCCUAUCAGAAAGUUGACGUUUCUUUUGAAGAAUAUGUUGAACACAUGAUGAAGCCUCAGUCUUUGGAUUCGAUGGGAAGUGAGACAUUAUACUUCUUUGGAGAUAACAAUUUUACAGAAUGGGACUCCCUGUUCAGGACAUAUAUCCAGCCUCCAUACCAGCUACCUGGGACAAGUGGGGCUUACAGCUUUGGGAUUGCAGGUGCAGGGACAGGAGUACCAUUCCAUUGGCAUGGAGCAGGAUAUUCUGAAGUUAUAUAUGGAAGGAAGCGCUGGUUUCUUUACCCACCGGGAAAAACACCAGAGUUUCACCCAAAUAGGACCACACUCUCUUGGAUGUUGGAUACUUACCCAAAUUUAUCAGAAUUGGACAAACCCAUGGAGUGCACCAUUCACCCAGGCGAGGUGUUGUAUUUUCCAGAUCGUUGGUGGCACGCAACCCUUAAUAUUGACACUAGUGUCUUCAUUUCCACGUUUCUAGGAUGACCCUGUAGAACUCAGAAAAUCUAUAUGACCUGUAACUUGAAACCCUAAACCUUUCAACACAACUUCCCCAAAUGGGAGCAGCAAUGAAUGGGAUUGGAAAAAGCCACUACAGUCCAUCUGGCUGGGAUACGUUCAUGGCAUCAGUUAUCGUUACCAAGAAACCUUUUUUAACCACAUGUUUCUAAGAGUCUGUGCUCCCCUUUUCAUUUUGAGAGAGGCAGGGUGGUUUGGUGUGGGAAGGGGAAGCUUGGAUAAAGUUUCUAAUAGUCUUUGUUUGGGUAGGAAUUUUGCUCAUAGCACAGAGGCAGAUUAAAUCCUUUUGACUUCUAUAGAUUCUAUUGAUGAAGCAAAAUUGCUGCAGCUAAAGACAAAGGUCAGAAGAGACCCUUGUCAGCAAUAUCUGUUCAGAUGGAGUGACUAUUUGAAGAAAAUACUAGUCACUAUUAAUAUGCAUUUACGAUUAGUCCUCACUUAAAGUCACAAUUAUCAGGAACACCAACUGUAAAUGAGGCCAGGUUUCCUAUCUAGAUCUAAAAUUAAUUAGGUUCCUUCAGAUGCUUUUUUUUAAACUGGAAAAAUGUGUACAGAUUGAAGUACUGUUAGUAAUUUAAGUAUUAGUGUUCUGUUUUGCUUGUUAUUUAGAAGCCUCUGUUUGCUGGUGAUUCUAACCACCCAACAAAUAGGACAGAACACCAGUGCUUCACCAGAGGUGCCCUGAUGAUGUUAUCUAACAGGGUGACAGAACAUCUGCAAUCGCACACUGGCUCGGCGAGCAAGUCUACAAGAAAAAGGAGUUACCCAGGACAUUUGAGUUUUAAACAGAAUUAAAUUUCUUUGGUAACUAUUAGAACAAGUCACAUGGAUCUGACCCAAGCCAUCUUUACAGGACACUGAAGAAUCAGGAGUUAGCCAUUGCAAGUUUAAACUUUCCACUUAGGUCUACGAUCUGAUUACUAGACAAUUAACCAUUACCACUUAGUUUGUGAAUAUUUCUUCAGAAUAUUUUUUGAUGUUAAGAAACUUAAAUACAUUCAUUGCUGUGAACAGGAACCUGGUGGGAUUCAUUUAAAAAUAAGAUACGCCUUCAAUUAGCAAUGUGCAUAUGUGUAUAUAUAAUUCUAAAAAUGCUGCCAGAGUUGCUGAAUUUCUGUUUAAAAUGAUAUAAUGUUUAGUGACUUGUAUUUUUUAGUAAAUUAUUAUUAGUGACUCCUGAGUUGAUCAAAUUUCUCAGCUAUCCAAAACUGAUCAUAUCCCCGGAAUAGAGAUAACAAGGUGUAGAGCUGGAUGAACACAGCAGGCCGAGCAGGAAGACUGACUUUUCAGGCCUAGACCCUUUUUCUGAAAAAAGGUCCAGGCCCGAAACGUUGGCCUGCUGUGUUCAUCCAGCUCUACACCCUGUUACCUCUCAUCCAGGACACCUUGCAUAAAAUCUAUCAUACAUGGACAUGGAAAUAUUUAAUUUGGCAGAAAGGUGACUGAGUAUUUGUCAAAUUUUCAUGUUACAGUAUUUACAUAAUAUCUGCAUCAAUAAAUAAUUAGCCAAAUCCUUGAUGAAUUGAAGGGACCAUAGCAUAGAGUGGAGACUACAUUUGGGUCAGUAGUAGUGCUGGACCAGUGGUGCUUUGACAUGGCUCCCACUAUGGAGUGUGUAAGUGACUGCCUGUUGUACUUGCUUUAGUUAUUUUCUUUUGUUCACAAUGUGCCAGGCCAAGAAUUUAGUAUCUGUCCAUAACUGCCCAGAACAUGGUGAUGAGCCAUUGUAGUCACUCUCGCCUCUUUUGGUGACAUCUGGACCAAGGCUGUAAUAUGGACGAUGCAGGAAAAAAUCUGUUAACGUUUUGGGUCCAGCGAUCUUUCCUCAGCUGUUCUGAACCCCAGUUCUGAGGAAGGGUCACUGGAACCAAAACAUUAACUCUGAUUAUUUUUCUUCACAGCCGACACCAAGAUUGGUGGAGUAGCUGAUAGUAAAGGAGACUGUCAGAUUACAGCAGAAUAUAGAUAGACUGGAGAGUUGGGCAGAUAAAUGUCAGAGUGCAAUCCGGGCAAAUGCGAGGUGAUGCAUUUUGGAAGAUCUAACUCAAAAGUGAACUAUACAGUAAAUGGAAAAGUCCUGGGGAAAACUGAUGCACAGAGAGAUCUGGGUGCUCAGGUCCAUUGUUCCCUGAAGGUGGCAACGCAGAUCAAUAGGGUGGUUAAGGCAGCAUACGACAUGCUUUCCUUCAUCGGACAGGAUAUUGAGUACAAGAGUUGGCAGGUCAUGUUGCAGUUGUAUAGGAUUUUGGUUCGGCCACAUUUGGAGUACUGUGUACAGUUCUGGUUGCCACAUUACCAAAAGGAUGUGGACGCUUUGGAGAGGGUGCAGAGGACGUUCACCAGGAUGUUGCCUGGUAUGGAAGGGGCUAGCUAUGAAGAAAGGUUUGAGUAGAUUAGGAUUAUUUUUAUUAGGAAGAUGGAGAUUGAGGGGGGACCUGAUUGAGGCCUACAAAAUCAUGAGGGAUAUAGACAGGGUGGAUAGCAAAAAGCUUUUUCCCAGAGUGGGGGACUCAAUUACUAGGGGUUAUGAGUUCAAAGUGAGAGGAGGAAAGUUUAAGGGAGAUAUGCGUGGAAAGUUCUUUAUACAGAGGGUGGUGGGUGCCUGGAACGCGUUGCCAGCGGGGGUGGUGGAUGCAGACACGUCUUUUAAGAUGUAUCUGGACAGGUACAUGGAUGGGCAGGGAGCAAAGGGAUACAGAACCUUAGAAAAUAGAUAACAGGCUUAGAGGAUCUCGAUCGGCGCAGGCUUGGAGGGCCGAAGGCCCUGUCCUGUGCUGUAACUUUUUGUUCUUUACUACAAAAUUUAACAUUUCAUACAAAGGUGUACUGGAUGAUCUGUGUGAAAAAUAAAGAU